AUGGAGAGGAGCAAAGGCUGCCUCUCGCUGCUGCUCCUCGCGGCCGUGGUGGCGUCCCUCGUCGCCGGCUCGUCGGCGGGCAUCUACCACAUCGUCGGCGCCGGCAAGGGCUGGCAGAUGGCCCCCAACCGGACCUACUACGGGGAAUGGGCCCGCACCCGGAACAUCAGCGUGGGCGACAAGCUCAUGUUCCUGUACCGGAGCGGGGUGUACAACAUCGUGGAGGUGCCGAGCCGGGACCUGUUCGACGGGUGCAGCAUGCGCAACAUCACCAACCGGUACCAGAACGGGCCCACCAUCAUCGAGCUCAUCCCGCCCGCCGGCCCGCGCUACUACUUCUGCGGCGUCGGCAAGCACUGCGAGGAGGGCCAGAAGCUCAAGAUCUACGUCGCCCCCUUCGCGCCCUCGCGCACGCAGAACGACGACCAGGCCGAAGAGCCCGACGACGACGGCGACGUCAUCUCCGGCUCGCCCGCCCCCGCCGCAGUGCCGCUGCUCGCCCUCGCCGCCUGCUUGCUGGCGCUUUCGCUCCUGCUGCUGAUGUAA